AUGUCAUAUUUUGGGGAAUUUAAAGAUUUAAUACAAGAAGGUGACCUAGCGUUAGUUUGGAUCUCUAGAGAUAAUAUUAAACCUAUCACUGUUGAUUCCAAAGAAUUUUUCAAUACUAGAUAUGGCUCCUUUCCUCAUAGAGAUAUGAUUGGCAAGCCAUAUGGUUCUCAAAUUGCUAUUAGAACUAAGGGUAGUAAUAAAUUUGCAUUUAUUCAUGUUUUACAACCUACUCCAGAACUAUGGACAUUGUCGUUACCUCACAGAACUCAGAUUGUUUAUACACCAGAUUCUUCAUAUAUCAUGGAAAGAUUGAAUUGUGGACCUAAUUCAAAUGUUAUUGAAGCAGGUACUGGUUCAGGGUCAUUUUCUCAUGCAUUUGCAAGAAAUGUCAAACAUCUUUAUAGUUUUGAAUUCCAUGAGGCAAGAUAUAAUCAAGCCAAAGAAGAAUUUGAAAAGCAUGGCCUAAUUAAUAUUGAGAAUAAUGUAACUAUCACUCACAGAGAUGUCUGUGAAAGUGGAUUUACCAUAAAAAAAGGUGAUGUUACUUCAAACCAGUUUAAAGAUGACGAAGAAUACGUCAAUUUGGAGGCAAAUGCCAUCUUCUUAGAUCUUCCAGCUCCUUGGGAAGCCUUACCUCAUUUAGACACUGUUAUUAGUAAAGAUGAAAGCGUUGGAUUAUGUUGUUUCUCUCCAUGUAUCGAGCAAGUAGAUAAGACUAUUGAAGCAAUGGAAAAAAAUGGUUGGAUAAACAUUCAAAUGGUAGAAAUACAGUCAAAACAAUAUGAAAGUAGAAGACAAAUGAUUAGAACAUUGGAUGAUGCUUUAGAAAGAUUAAGAGAUAUUAAGAGCCACAAGUUAGAAGGUGUUGCUAGAAGAAAAAGAGAGUUUGAAAAUAUGAUUAAUGAGGAGAAAAAACUCGAUACAAAUGCUAACAAAAUCGAUAAGAAGGACAUUUCAACUCAAACAGAAAAGCCAACCUCUAAGAAAGCACAAAAUAAUAGGCCUAUAAUUGCCAAGACUAAAUUUAAUCCAUUUGGCAAAGGCUCUAGAGUAAGAGAAGGGGAUACUAAUUUCCAAUGGAAACAAGUCAGUAAAGUUGAAACGGAGAUCAAAUCUCAUACGUCUUAUUUAACUUUUGCAUUUAAAACGAUAACCAAUACUAGAGAUGAAGAACUUUUCCAAAAGGAGUUGGAAUUUACUACCUCUAAGCCAUCCUCCCAUAAAAAAUAA